AUGGAGCCAUUCUCCACAGGCCAGGCCAUUGCCGGUGGUGCAUACGAAGUAGCCACUAUCAUAAAUAAGUCAAACGAGAAAUUUAGCUCUGAAGUUUGGGCAAAGCCUUUCGAGGAUCGUGUGGGGUGUGGCCCGUUUGGGGGCGGGAUGGAUGCACGUCGCGCCUAUGAGAUUUUGGAACGGUCGUUGGAAAGAAGCUUUGUGGAUGUCAGUUUCUCGUCAACGGAUAUCCUCGCGGCUGUCAAGAUCAGUCAUUCGGCGCAUCAGGCUGAUUCGCUUAUGGGACGAGAAUGGCCAGGUGCUUGGAACGCGGAGAACGUUUCUGAUUCCCAAGACAUCCGGCGGCCCAGCCGGACUGGCUGCAUGGCUGCCUGCGACGAUAUAGAUGCAGGCGCUGCUCCUCCAAUUCUCGCAUCUACUCUGCUCCAGUCUUAUCUGGACGAUGACGAAAAUGGAGCCCAAGUGACCCAGGUUGAUAGUGACUGGAAUUUGCAGCCAGACAUAGACAAGGGAAUUCCAUUCACCAAGGCAGGGAGCUCGGUGUUUGCUCCUGGUCGAGUGAUUGGGAUAUCUGGCCUACAGCCUACAGUUCCCCCGCAGCGAGACUGGAGAGAUGGAGACGCCGCAGCCGUGCGAAACUGGAUGUUCGAGCUUUCUGCGCACAUUCUCAUAACCCUAUUGACGCGGCCACAUCUAGCCCCUUCAUCUCUCGAUCCUCGAGCACAAUCGGGGACAUUUCCGCAGGCUGUCGUUAUCCAAUUCUACAGCUCACGCGCAUUCACAUCAGAAUAUCUACUGCGAUCUAUCCAGCAAAAGCUUCCGGAGCUCACGACGAACUCGACCCGAAAUAUACUCAACACCGUCAAGGUAAUCCGCGCAUUCAAUUUUGACGAAAUCCUCGAAGCCGUGUCUCAGGUCUCAGACAUCUUAUACGAAGCAAAGCACCAACAAACCACGCUUCUCCUCUUAGAAGGCUUGGAUCAAUCGCUCGCAGAGAUCCAGCGCAACUCCAGCAUCCUCGCCGCACAGGCGAAACUCAUCCCACUCCUCCGCACGUUAACCAUUCUUUCUCGAAACCACACAUCUUUUCUUACCGUGAUUGUGGUGAACCCAGUCCUUCUCCCAACAGCGCCAUUUCCACCUUCAGCUCCAGAUAUCCAAGCGAAGCAAUACCCUGGAGAACAUUCCACCCAACAAGAAUGUGUAUCGCCCCACUCCAGGCACCAUCAUCAUUCGAAUCACCAUCAAGCAGUUCACUCGAUUUUCUCACCGACGUCGCAACCGCAAUUACAAACACAAGGUCAAAGCCAAACGUACUCCUCUCCAUCCACCCAACAAGUUUCCCAGCAGACAGUAUCAUACUCCUCCUUAGCUCGUUCCUUCGAUCAAGGCUUCGAUACGCAUCUACUAGUCUCGAAAAUGGAAUCUAAAAUGAUAAUCGAAGUUGCAAAAGACCGGAUGGGCGAACAUCUAGGUAGAUGGUGUGCUUUAUGAUUUCAAAGAACCAGUGAGGGGGGCUAAUCCGCUUAUAUUUUACUCUGCCCCCUAAAAAUUAGGGUAUUAUGCAUACUCUUCAUGAAUACUGUACCAGAGUCCAUCAUCAGUUGGUAUGAUUUUCACACCUUGAUUUCAGAUCUUCCGUCCGAUAAUCCCGUCUUCCCCACAAGAAAAUAUUUUUGAGUAUCUGCCAAAGAAUGCCAGAAACAGAUGAAGGGUAUUAUUUUCCAGA